AAAAAAAAAAAAAAAAAAACGAGAAAGAAGAAAAACCCUGUCUUCAUCCCUUUUUGUUUCCCUCAGUCAGAAUAAACAGGUGCGAUAGAGGAAAGAAACAGUCCAGGACCCCCCUAAAAAAAAUACAAAAUAAAAAAAAAAAAUUCAGAUGAGCUAUGUUCGGGUGAAUGAGUCCAGCGACGGCGAAGACGAUGAGAUUUCAUCCACACCUUCUACUCAGAUCCGGAGGGCGGGGUCCGCAGCAGCAGCUUCACUGGCAUCGUUGACAGGGUCGAAUGCCCUGAAUAACUACGGAUAUUCUCGAGUUGGUCAAAACACAACUGAGGAUGCAAACCAGGAGAGACAUGACUUGCCACAACAGAAGAACCAUGAGGAAGAAGAAGAGGAAGAAGAAGAAGAGAGCAACCAGAAAAGGAAUCAAGACAGGAGUGCUAAUGAUAAUGACAUUGAGAUACAUGUUCGCUUUGGAGAAGGUCAGGAUUUGAGCUUACGUGUCCCACGUACAGACACAGUUGCUCAAUUCAAAGAAAAGGUUAAAAAAGCAAGGCCAUCAAUAGGAGAUAAAUAUUUACGUCUGAUCCAUGCAGGAAAAAUCCUAUCCGAUAACAAGACGUUGAUUGAUUCGCUGCCAAAGUCUCUAUUUACGCAGAUCGAAGUAUCUAAUCAUCAGGAUCUCCAAUCAAGGAUUUCUUCAUCGGUAGAGGCUGUAGAGGCAGCUGCAAGUAAUAUCCUUGCAGGAAUAUCAUCACGGACUAGUGGAGGUGAAAGUGUAGGAGGCAGCCAUAAUGACAAUCACGGGAAAUCGAAUGCUAUCAGGACACAUUCCUCAUUGGGAUCCAUUUUGCCAACACAUCUUAGUCAUUCAUCCCAUCCUGAAGCCAAUGCUUUAUCGAGAGGAGGAGGAGGAGGACCAAAUUCAAAAGCAGACCCUACAACACAUUCAAACUCAAGAACGGGAGAUCACAUCUCAAUAUCAAUGCCCAUAGAACCUUUACCAAUAACACCAUCAUCACCAUCAGCGCAUACGAGCUUCAAAACAAGUAACAAAAAGAAUACUAGUACGAUACCCGUCCAGACCGGACCUAUUUACUUUUUAUGCUCCCUAUCCGAUUUCCCGCCUGCACAGAGGCCCAGUGAAGUUAAAAAAGGGAAGGCUGUUGCGCACGAUAAUAGCGAUAGUGGUAAUGGCGUCAGACGGACGGAAUCGAGUCGGUCGAGGAGUCGGCGGCUACAGACAAAUAACAAUAUUCCUGUUCCAUCACAAUCCACCAGUGCGGCAGCGGCUAGGGCGGGUGCAUCUUCAUCAUUAAUGUUGCCCGGUGCAAGUAGUAGUAGUAGUAGUAGUAGUGGUGGUAGUGGUAGUAGUAGUUCAGCGGCCAAUAGAAUCAGCAGCAAUGGAAUACGAGAAGUUCAGGAAGAGGAUGAUCAUGACGAGGUUUCUCCUCCAUCACCUGUUGCGACACCACAACCGAUAGGGUUUGAUCGUUUACGGGAGGCAGGGUUUAGUGAAGAUGAGAUUCGAUCUAUUCGGAGGCAAUUCCAUGCGAACCGUGGAACGGUCACGUCGAACGUAGGCGAGAAUGGUAUUGCGGUGGAGCUAGAUGAAGAUGAGGAUGCUAUAACAAGGGCUAGGAGAGUCGAAGAAGAAUGGAUUGAUCAACAUGGCUCGGAGACUCUUCCUGAAGGAUUGGAAGGAAGCUAUGGCGAGAUGGUAUGGGGGCUAAUGAUAGGGUUCUUUAUGGGCCUAAUCGCAUUGUUUUGGUUCAAAGAAGCGACGUUUUCGCGGAGACAACAAAUGGGUAUUGUAGCAGGACUCAUGAUCAAUGUUGGCUUUGGGGUAUUGCAUCUUUAUUAUUGAGGUUGACAAUGACAUUGGAUAUGGAAUGAUGGAAUGAUGGAAUGAUGGGUAGAAAAACCCCUUCGCCUAAAAAAAAAGUAUUAAUCCAUGUAUAACUUUCAGGAGAAGAAGAUACAAAAUAUACAACUGUAGACUAUAAACAACC